GAGUCACCCCUCCUGGAUAUAAAUGUGCGGCCCUAACUCAGCAAGAGGCGAGUCCGAAAAGAAAAAAAAAAGGACAACAAAUGGGUCUCCCUAAAGCCACAUUACUUGUUCUCUUCCUCCCCUUCCUGUGGUUCCAAACAUGUACGCCGACCCCAGAAAAGAGCAAGGCCUACAUUGUCCAUAUGGACACUUCACAAAUGCCCACAAAUAUGGCUUCCCACCAUCACUGGUACAACUCACUUGUCAACUCCGCAAAGCUCCUCAACACACAGGGACCGGACCAGAUGACCACCAGCCGGCCGGCUCCUCUUCUCUACACUUACAACCACGUCUUAGAUGGUUUCAGUGCAGUGUUGUCCCCAGAAGAACUUGCGCUCCUCAAAACAACCCCAGGCUUCAUGUCGGCAUACCCCGACGCCGGCGUCACCCUUCACACCACUCGCACCACCGAUUUCCUCUCCUUGAAUCCGAAGACCGGGCUGUGGCCUGCUUCCGAACACGGCAAUGACGUGAUCAUCGGCGUCAUUGAUACCGGAGUGUGGCCUGAGAGCCCAAGCUUCGGAGACGACGGGAUGCCGGACGAGAUCCCGAAGAGGUGGAAUGGCACUUGCGCAGAAGGGGAGCAGUUCAGUUCUUUGCUUUGUAACAAGAAGCUUAUCGGUGUUCGGUACUUCAACAAGGGAGUUAUGGCUGCGAAUCCGAACACUACCAUUUAUAUGAACUCAGGCAGGGAUGACAGUGGCCAUGGAAGCCACACCUCUGCAACCGCAGCUGGGAAUUACGUCCAGGACGCUUCGUUCUUCGGGUACGCUCCUGGGACGGCAAAGGGUGUCGCACCCAGAGCUAGGCUGGCCAUGUACAAGGUGAUGUGGGGUGAAGUAGGCUACACUUCUGACGUUCUUGCCGGUAUGGACAUGGCGGUUUCCGAUGGGGUGGAUGUGAUAUCCAUAUCUCUAGGUGGUACUAGUUUCAUCCCCGUGUACGAAGACGCCGUUGCAAUUGCAUCUUUUGGUGCCAUGGAGAAGGGCAUUCUUGUGUCCGCCGCUGCAGGAAAUGAAGGCCCGGCGCCACUUGGAAGCUUAUCUAAUGGAUUCCCUUGGGUGCUCACAACUGCUGCCGGCUCCGUUGACAGGUCCUAUGCCGGGACUUUGCGUAUGGGAAAUGGGAAGACCAUCACUGGAUGGACAACUUACCCGGUCACCGCCAUCAUCGACGAGCUGCCUCUCGUCUACAACAAAACCAUAUCUGCCUGCACUUCAACUCGCCUGCUUUCGGAUUUCAUUGGCUCGAUGGUCGUUUGUAAAACCGAGAACUACAACUCGUUCCUAGACCAAUGUAGUGUUCUGGCGAAAUCUGAGGUUGGGGCUGCAAUCUUUGUUAUAGAUGAUGAUCCGGACGUGUUCGAAUCCCCGGGCUUUCCAUACCCAGGCAUCAUGAUCAGCAAGAAACAUUCUAGGGGAGUUAUCGAGUAUGCAAGAAAUGUCACCAAUGCGUAUGCCAGCAUUCAGUUCCAGGAAACAAUGCUCGGGGUGAAGGCACAUCCCGUAGUGGCGAGUUAUUCUUCGCGAGGCCCUUCUCCUUCCUCUCCAGGGAUCCUAAAGCCAGACCUGAUGGCACCGGGGACUUUAGUGCUAGCAGCCUGGACUCCAAAGACUUCUGCAUCUUACAUUUCACCCGAUAUAGACUUGUCCAGCCCUUUCAAUUUGAUUUCCGGCACAUCCAUAGCAUGUCCCCAUUCCUCGGGAAUCGCAGCACUUCUCAAAGGAGCACAUCCGGAUUGGAGUCCAGCCGCGAUUCGAUCUGCCAUGAUCACCACGGCCAAUCCCAAUGACAAUACCAAUGCCCCUAUAAAGGACCCGGCAGUCAAAUACUCCAUUGCGUCCCCUCUGUCAAUGGGGGGAGGACAAGUUGAUCCGAACCGGGCACUUGACCCUGGCCUCAUUUAUGAUGCCACCACACUGGACUACGUCAACUUUUUGUGUUCAAUGAACUUUACUCUGAACCAAAUUAGAACAAUCACCAGAUCCAAAUACAAUUGCUCGAACCCAUCUUCUGAUCUCAACUACCCGUCCUUCAUUCUCUUGUACGCACUCAACAAAAAUGGAACUGCUGCUUCAGCAACUGCAACAAAUGUCACUCGGAUGUUUAAAAGGACAGUCACGAGCGUGGGGGAUGACCCGGAAACGUACGUGGUCGAUGACAGCCAGUUACCCAGGAGUUUUGAAGUUAGUUUCAACACUAGAACACUUUCCUUCAUGAACAAGUAUGAGACCGCAGAGUACGCUCUCACCCUCACCUAUAAGGGUAGUAAAAAGGGAGAAGUUGAGUUUGGUUCAGUGGCUUGGGUUGGGGACAGCGGCAAGCAUAAGGUGAGAAGCCCCGUCGUUGUGGCCCCUAUGAUCAACAUACAUUGAUUAUUUUCUACUUGUUGAAAUUUAUACCUCCCUAUCAAGUAUACCCAUCCAGUGAUGAUAUGUUUGUAAUAUUUUUAACAAUAUGCUCAUAAAGUUUUUGAAGAAUGUUCUUUUUCGAACCAAACAAACAAGUGGGACAAGGGUUAACCGG